AUGCUGGCGUCCGCCGCCUUCCCUGAAAACACGCUUGCGUCCUUCGAGCAAGCGAUCCGCGACGGUUCGGAAGGCAUCGAGAGCGAUAUCCACCUGACCAAAGACGACGUCAUUGUCAUGUUUCAUGACACGACCCUGGAUCGCACGACCGACGGCAAAGGCAAAAUCGGCGAGCGCCCAUACUACGGCAUGAACGGAAUCGAGCAUGUACGCACGAUCGAGGAGCCUGUGCAGCAGAUCCCGACAUUUGAGCAGCUCUGCGCACUCCUCAUGAAGCCAGAGAAUCAGCACGUGAAGCUGAAUAUAGACUGCAAGCCAAACAAUGAUCCGGAGCGCAUGUUUUCGCUGAUGCAUGACAUCGUGGCCAAGUUCUCCGACUACAAGACAAAUCUCGCCCCGCGCCUCGUCCUCGGCCUCUGGCACCCCAAGUUCAUUUUGCCGGCCAAGAAGUACGUGCCCUCGCUGCGGCGUGCGCACAUCGGUGCUUCGCCCGCGUAUGCGCUCAAGUACUUCUGGGACGAGUGCGACGCCUUUUCCAUCUACUUCCCCUCGCUUGUCAGCAGCGAGGGCCAGCAGUUCUUGCAGCGCGCAAAGCAAGACGGCAAAGACGUGAUGACCUGGACGGUGAAUCGCAUCGACGAGAUGGUCCAGGCCACCAGCUUUGGCGUUAAGGCCAUCCUCACGGACCACACAGCCGACCUGCAAAGUCUGCGGAGAGAAAUGCGCGAUGACUUUGCCGCUACAAAGAAGAAGUACGUGAGCCCAUGGUUUGUUUGGGCAUCGUACAGGUACUACCAGCCUUCCGUCGCACUCUACAAGUAUAUAUGCGGCGCAGAGGUCGAGCGCAGUGCAGGGAUGACGUUCCGCGACGCGGCCCAGGCGUAG